CACUUGGCUCGCAUGAUAAAACAGUGUGGCUUUGCAAUUAUUUUUCGACAGAGAGCGGUAGUAUCGAAACAACGUGGUACAAAAAUUUCAUUUUCUUUCACAUCAAAAUCAGCUGUGAACAUCAGUAUGGCCGCUCCAUUAUCUAAAAAAUAAAAUUGUUUUUGUAAAAUCAUACAAAAAAAAUAGUAAAGUGCAGUUUUCGUACUUACACCAUCUAAUUGUACAUUUUGCGAAUAGUGUUGAUGUUGACUAAAAGUGUUGCGUCAUGACAGAGACCUCUCACUGACAAACAAAUACAAUAAAAAUUGCGACUCGCUUAUUACGGCGACUUAUUGUAAUUUCUAUUGGACUCGUAUAACGUUUCUGUCGUUCGGUUGAGGGCUGAUGUUAUUACUGAAUCGUUAUCGAAAUUUAUAUAAUGAGUAGUGUUAGAUUGAGUUUUGUAUCCGUGGGAAGGAUAGCAGUAAGAAGAAAUUCACAAAUAUCGGGUGCUCAACAAUGUCGUACUUUACGACGGACGUGCCCUCGAGAGUUCAGCACUUGCUCGGUGCUGUGCAAGAGCCCCACCGAGCAACCACCCGGACCACCACACUCACACCCUCCAAAAGAAGCUGCUAAUGCAGGUUCAUCAUCAGGUGGCAAAAAGUCAGGGUCUGGUAACAACAAUGGAGUCCUCACGUGCCCAAAGUGCGGCGACCCCUGCACCCACGUCGAGACCUUCGUCAGCUCCACACGGUUCGUCAAGUGUGAUAAGUGCCACCACUUCUUUGUGGUGCUCAGUGAGGUUGACACUAAGAAGAGCAUUAAAGAUAAUGCGGAUAAUAAGUCUGGAUUCUACAGAAAACCUCCGCCACCUCCUAAAAAAAUCUUCGAAUACCUAAACAAACACGUUGUGGGUCAGGAGUACGCUAAGAAGGUGCUGUCUGUGGCUGUGUACAACCACUACAAGAGGAUCUACAACAACGUGACCAGCGUCACGCCGGCAGAUGCUCACCAUCCCUUACAUCACACGCACAGAGAUCUCCUCCACCUAAGCCACGGCGCCACCAGCGGCGGCGCCGAGGUGCUGGAGCGCCAGCACCACGAGCUGCGCCUCGACAAGAGCAACGUGCUGCUCCUGGGACCCACGGGAUGCGGUAAAACUCUAUUAGCACAAACGAUAGCGCAAUGCCUGGACGUGCCGUUCGCGAUUUGCGACUGUACGACGCUCACACAGGCUGGGUACGUCGGCGAGGACAUCGAGAGUGUCAUCGCCAAACUGUUGCAGGACGCCAACUUCAACGUGGAGCGAGCACAGACGGGUAUCGUGUUCUUAGACGAGGUGGACAAAAUCGGUGCAGUGCCGGGCAUACACCAACUUAGAGAUGUUGGAGGCGAGGGCGUGCAGCAGGGCAUGCUGAAGAUGUUGGAGGGCGCGGUGGUGUCGGUGCCGGAGCGCAACUCGCGCAAGUUGCGCGGCGACGCCGUGCAGGUCGACACCACCAACAUACUCUUCGUGGCCAGCGGCGCCUACAACGGACUCGACAGACUGGUGCAGCGUCGCAACAACGAGAAGUACCUGGGGUUCGGCGCGUGGGACCCGCGCUCGGGGCGGCGCGCGGCGCUGGCCGCGGCCGCGAGCGACGCCUCGCCGCUGGACUCCGCGCGCGCUGAGAACGACGAGCGGGACGCCUGGCUGCGGAAGGUGCAGGCGAGGGAUCUCAUCGAUUUCGGGAUGAUACCGGAAUUCGUCGGAAGAUUCCCCGUAUUAGUACCUUUCCAUAGUCUCAAUCAAGAUCUGCUCGUACGGAUACUAAAAGAACCUAAAAAUGCUAUGGUAUCUCAAUACAAACUGCUGUUUGCGAUGGACAAGUGCGAGUUGACGUUCAGUGACGAGGCGCUGAAGGCCGUCGCAGCGCUCGCCAUGGAACGGAAGACUGGGGCCCGUGGUCUUAGAGCCAUCAUGGAGAACCUGCUCCUGGAGGUGAUGUUCGAGAUCCCCGGGUCGGACAUCUCGUCGGUGCACAUCCACGAGGGCUGCGUGGCGCGCGCCGAGCCGCCGCACACGGCGCGGCGCCGCGACCCGCGCGACCGCGCCGCGACCGCGCACGACCUCGACGACUGGCCCUCGAGGCUCAAGGCUACAGUUACGCAACCAUCUGUCACUCAUUCGUGUGUGCUGUGAGCGGUAACAAGUAUGGUGGGUCCGGGGGGCCGGGGGCCGGGCGGCCGGGGGCCGGGGCGACCGGGCGACCGGGCGACCGGGUACGACCGAGGUAAGAACUGAUCGUUACUGAUGUAGACAUCGCACCGCACUGCGGUAUAUUCGUGUUGAAAUAUUAAAAAAAUACAACGUUUUCGUUUAGUGCUUUUUUGUGAAAUUGUGCGUUGUGACGUUCGGGAGUCCUGUUUUAUAAGACUUAGUAUUCCUAACAUCAUUCCUGUUGUAUGGGUUUGAUUAGUACUCGAAUUACGGAUGACCCAUUUUCUGUUAUCACGGCGUCCGUAAUAGCAGUAUCCUCCAUUGUUAAGUCCGAAUGUUGUAGUUAUUAUACUUGUAUUAGCAAGUUGCCAACUCAGUGUUACAUACAAAUGUAGUUUUGUUAAUGUAUCCUAUAUCAGCAUUUGAAUCGAACGGCCAAGUGAAAUUGUAUAGGGAACUACUAUUUAUAACGAUAAGUUAACUGUAGUAAAUUGGGACUCCUGAGUAAGAUAAGUUCCAGCUAGCAUUUCAUGAAAAAUGUGAUGGUUUGAACUAAAAGUUUUCUGCGUGAUUUAUUUAAAAUCUUUUCGAUUCUAUCCUAAAUUCAAAAAGAAGGAAAACUUUUUGUUUGAACCUGAAAUUAGACCUUUUUGGUCCUUACUGUUAGUUCCUUACGUUAGUUUAUGUUGGACAUAAAAUGUUGUAUUGUUAACAACCACCAUGCAACAUACUCUUGUGAUGUAAAUUACUGUAAAUAAUAAAUGAUAAUGAUUAAUAGAAAAAACUGUUAUUAUUAAGGUUUAUUAAAAUUAAAAUAGGGUUCAUUAUUGUACAUCCCAGAUAAGUUGUAAGUACGAAAAGUCACACGCAGAUGUUGUUAGUAUAAAAUAGAUAUUUUUUAUUUCGGCCGGCAACACUGAGAAGGAAUGACGUUUUGACAUUUUGUUAAUUAUUAUACAUAAUUAUUUUUUUAUUUAUAAAUGGAUCGUUGUGGUGUGAUUAUAGUAAGUGUGAAUAUUUUUUUGUUAAAACCUCCAAAAAUUGUGUCUAAUAUAAUUCUGGACUUGUGAUAGGAUAAAUUUUAUGGCAUGUUGAUAUAAUCACAUUGCAACUUGAGUAAAAUAGUAUAAGCCUAUUUUCAAUUUAAAAUAUAAAGAAAACCAAAUA